AUGGACAGGAAUGCCAUAACCAAUUUUGUUCUUCAAUACGCCCUUUUGGACUACACAGAGGAAUUCAGCAAAAUCUCUGCCCAUAUUUUAGCUGGAUUCAUUGUCCCGGUGUUCAAAGCCGGCAUCAUAUUAGGCUUGGUUUUGUCCACAAUGCUGCUGGUUGAGAUGCUGGGCAUGGGUUUGGUUCUUUUGGUGGUGAAGCUAUUUGGUAAAAAGCCAGAGCAAAGGUACAAAUGGGAGCCUUUAAAAGACGAUGUGGAGAUGGGCAGUUCAGCGUACCCCAUGGUUCUCGUUCAAAUCCCAAUGUUCAAUGAAAAGGAGGUGUAUCAACUCUCAAUUGGAGCGGCUUGCUGCCUUUCUUGGCCCUCUGAUCGGAUCAUAAUUCAAGUUCUUGAUGAUUCAACAGAUCCAAUUAUCAAGGCAUCGGUGGAAAUUGAAUGCCGGAAAUGGGCGGGACAAGGGGUGAAUAUCAUGUACGAAACCAGAGACAACCGGAACGGUUACAAGGCCGGAGCUUUGAAGGAAGGGAUGAAGCAUCCGUACGUUUCACAAUGCGAUUAUGUGGCCAUUUUCGACGCUGAUUUUCAGCCGGAACCUGAUUUUUUGCGGCAAACCGUUCCGUACCUGGUUCACAAUCCACAGCUCGGCCUCGUCCAGGCUAGCAUGGAAUUUGUGAAUUCGAAUGAAUGCUUGUUGACCAGAAUGCAAGAAAUGUCGCUAAAUUAUCAUUUUACAGUGGAGCAAGAAGUGGGCUCCUCAACCUAUGCCUUCUUUAGUUUCAAUGGAACUGCUGGCGUCUGGAGAUCGGCUGCAAUUCAUGAGGCCGGAGGCUGGCAAGACAGAACAACCGUGGAAGAUAUGGACUUGGCUGUUCGUGCUUGUCUCAAAGGAUGGAGAUUUUUAUACCUUAGUUCAAUCAAGGUAAAGAAUGAGUUGCCAAGUACCUUGAAGGCCUAUAGAAUUCAACAGCACCGGUGGACAUGUGGCCCGGCCAAUCUUUUCAGGAAAAUGAUAAUGGAAAUUCUAAGAACCGAGAAAUUCGCUCUGUGGAAGAAGAUUCAUGUCAUAUACAGUUUUUUCUGGGUUAGGAAGAUCAUUGCUCACGUUGUCACCUUUAUAUUCUACGUAGUUGUAUUACCAGCCACUGUAUUUGUACCAGAAGUACAGGUGCCAACGUGGGGAACUGCCUACAUUCAAGCCUAUACUUUCUAUGUUGUUCUCUUUCUCAUUGCAUUUGGAACCCCAAGAUCGUUGCAUUUAAUUGCUUUAUGGAUGCUUUUUGAGAAUGCAAUGUCCCUCCAUCGUGCAAAGGCGAUCUUCAUUGGCUUGUUUGAAUGGAGAGGAGCAAAAGAAUGGGUUGUGACUGAAAAGCUUGGGAAUGCUCUCAAAAUCAGAUCAGCUGGAAAAGAACCUAAUCAGUCGAGAUUAAGGAUUCGCGAAAGACUUCAUCCCUUUGAACUAGCGGUUGGCGCGUACCUUUUUUGUUGUGGUUGCUACGAUGUUGCCUUUGGGAAAAAUCUCUAUUACCUCUAUCUCUUUGCUCAAGCAGCUGCAUUCUGUACUGUUGGAUUGGGCUACAUUGGGACUUCUGUUCCCAACUCCUGA